ACUUCACUUUGAGCAGUUUGGGCUCUUCCAUUCCAUGUUGAAAUCAGUUGAGAAGAAGAAGGCCCCAAUCCUCCCCAAUCUUUGACUUUCAUGAGUUUAAGGAGAUCGAGAGAGGGGCAAAUCAAAAUCUCUUUAAAACCUACUUUUUGUUUCUUUCUGAUUUCCUGCAGAAAUGGUUGCAAGAACCCCACCAAACCAUCAGCACAAAAAAAUGGUGGCUCCUCCUCCUCCUCCUCCUCCACCACUUCUUGAUCCCACUCUCAUCAGAGAAACUGUUAAGAAGGUGGAUAAGUCUAUUGCAAGAUUGCAAGAGCUUCAAUUUACAGUAACAGGUGGGACAAAAGUGAUUUCUGGUGUGACCCUUAGUCCUCGCAGCACAAGGAGUUACCUGAGGACUAGUCUCAGAUGCAAGCAGGAAUCUUUAAGGAUCAAGAAUGUUAUUGCCAGGAGAUCUCCUCCUGGAAAGUUGCCUACAAAUACAGGGGAUUGGAAGAGAAUGUCAUUGCCAGCAAUGCUGCUAGGGGAGACAGUUGGAGAAAUUCUACAAGCAAGUCAAUUCGCAAGACGGAUAGUUGAAACAGUUGCUUCUAACAAGCCUAAUAGACCAGCUGAUGAUCCAAAAACACCACUGACACACAGGAGGAGGAACCAGAUGACUCCCAACCCAGAAAACUCUGAACUUCGAGUUCGAAGAAAAAGGGAAAAACAGGUUGCACUGCAAUCAAUUCGAUCAGAAUCAGAUGCUCCGUCCCUCCAAAGAGCGAAAUCCCGGAUAAAUUUCAAGGUUUCGCCACUGCACAAGAAUAAUUGUGACAAGGAAAAUUGCAGGUUUAUAGCUAAUAGAGUUUCCCCAAGAAACAGGCCAUGGGCUAGAAAAACUGUAUUGUUUCCCAACCCAUUAUUUCAUUCUUCUUCUCCAACUUCACAACAUCAGAGAUUAUGCAAGACCAAGUCCCCCGUUAUCGCGAGAAAUCGACAAACUCCACACAAGUUCUUGAUCAAGUCUCCACCCUCGGCCUCAAAGUUCCAUGUGAAAAUAAGGAGCCCCCCGUUGUCCAUUUCUCCAACAAGAUCAAUAAGUUUGAUCAAGAGAAGUCCUAAAGUAUCCACUACAGCAAAGCUUAGAAGGUCAUUUUCGCCAUCAAGAUUGGCAAGCAAGAUUGUUUCUCCAUUGAAAAGUAGAAAAUCUGUACAGAAUAAGACUGAUGGGAUGAAAAUGAUGAUGAGUGGCCUAAAACAGCGACCAACAACUGCGACUCCAAUGCAAUUUGCUGCUCCUAGAAUUUAACUUGUAAAAGUUGAAAAGACAUGAUGAUUUUCCUUCUUUCUUCAUUGAUAUUCCCUCGAUGUCCAUAUGGUAAAUGUUUUUUGACAAAUGAAAAAGCUUGUCUAAAUUUGUUGUGCUA